GGUAGGGUUAUAUGUCAAGCCCCACCAUGUUAUCACCUUAUCAAUUAUUAUCUUCCUCAUAUCGUAUUUACGGAUCGUUUAUAAAACAGCGCCUAUUAAAUUGCAAUAUCAUUAAGCCUUAAGCGAAGAAAUGCAAACUGCUCUAAUGACCAUUACGUCAAAUAUUUCUGACUCAGUAAAUUCACCGAUUACUACUACUGUUACGACAUUGAAUCCGGAGUGGGAACUAGUUAGUUUCUACGAUUAUUCGUCAGUCAUUGCAGAUCUCUUCCGGGAGUUGAGAUAAAGUGUCAGUCUAGUACGAAGAUCAUCACGUGUGAUAUAAAUUGUGUUUUCAGAUUAUGUGCAGUUGUUCAGUCCGGUUCUAAAUCAAAAUGGCGUCGUAUUUGGAGAUAAUCCUCGGUCUCGCAGCGGCGUGUCUGGCGCUCUACUACUAUUUCAUAUGGAACUUCAAUUUCUGGAAAAGUCGUGGAAUACCAGGGCCAAAACCGAUACCAAUGUUUGGAAAUGUUCUGGCACCCAUGAUAGGGACAGUCUCGUUAGCACAGUUCCUCACUGAUCUUUAUAUGAAGUAUAGAAAUGAACCAAUGAUUGGUAUAUUCGCGAGAAGGACACCCAUUUUGAUCGUUCAGGAUCCUGAUAUUAUCAAAGAUGUACUGAUCAAGGAUUUUUCUAAAUUUGCCAAUCGUGGUUUUAUGAAGCACGAGAUAGCAGAACCAUUAUCUCAACACCUGUUCUCUCUGGAGGCCGAAAGAUGGCGUCCACUAAGAACUCAGUUAUCUCCCGUCUUCACAUCCGGCAAACUAAAAGGAACUUUCACCUUGAUUCUCGACUGCGCCACGCAUCUCGAGAAAUACCUAAAUACUUUGGUAGAGAAAGGAGAACCCAUCGAAAUCCGAGAACUCGCGGCUCAAUACACAACCGAUGUGAUCGGAAGCUGUGCAUUUGGAAUCGACAUGAAUUCCUUGUCGGAAAAGGAGAGCAAAUUCCGCGAGGUUGGCCGGCACAUCUUUGCUACUAACUUAACGGCACUUGUGAAGUUCCGGAUAAAGGAAUGUCUGCCUCUCUUGUAUGAUUUAUUUGGCUAUGUAAUGACUAUGGAUAAAGCGAUGACUUUUAUCAAGGAUGUUACCAUAGAUACGAUUGAAUAUAGAAAGAAGAAUAAUAUUGUUAGGCCGGAUUUUAUGAACACUCUUAUGGAGCUGAGGAAUCACCCGGAGAGGGUCAGCGACAUACAAUUGACAGACACGAUACUUGCCGCACAAGCAUACGUCUUCUUCGCGGCUGGCUUUGAAACUUCGUCGACAACGAUAGCCAAUACCUUGUACGAGUUGGCUCUAAAUCAAGAUAUCCAAGACAAGCUGCGAGAGGAAAUUAGGGAAUUCGAUGCGAAGAACAAUGGCGAAUGGAAAUAUGAAGCUGUUAAACAGAUGACGUAUUUGGACAAAGUCUUUCGAGAGACGUUAAGGAAGUACCCGCCAUUACCGUUCCUAAGCAGAGAAGCAACAGAAAAUUACACGUUCGAAAAUCCGAAACUGACAGUCCGCAAACACGACAAAGUAUGGAUUCCUCUGUUUUCGAUUCACAGGGAUCCAGCUAUUUACCCGAAUCCAGAGAAGUUUGACCCAGAAAGGUUUUCGGAGGAGGCUGUGAGAAGUAGACAUCCGAUGAAUUACAUACCCUUCGGUGAUGGCCCAAGAAACUGUAUCGGCGCAAGGUUUGCAGUCUAUCAAACGAAGAUAGGAUUGAUAACGAUUAUCCGAAAUUUCAAGUGCGACGUUUCUGAGAAAACUGAAAUUCCUUUUGAAUUUGAUCCACUAGCUUUUAUAAUGUGUCCGAAAAAUGGUUUAUAUAUAAAAAUCACGAAGAUCGAUAGUUAAUGUGUUUUUGUAUUUUGUAUAAUGAAAAUGUUACUAAUAAACGAUAUUUUUUUAUCCCUAAA